UCUCUUCUCUCUCAUUCAUUCGGAUCUACAACACAAACUGUUCCUGUUCUUGUUGUUUGAACUACUAGGGUUUGUUUUGUUUCGAUCUGUACAAGGAUAAGAUGUUUGGAAGAGCACCGAAGAAAAGUGAUAGUACGAGGUACUAUGAAAUCUUAGGUGUAUCUAAGACAGCUUCUCAGGAUGAUUUGAAGAAAGCUUAUAAAAAAGCUGCUAUUAAGAAUCAUCCUGAUAAGGGUGGUGAUCCCGAGAAGUUCAAAGAGCUAGCGCAAGCUUAUGAGGUUCUGAGCGAUCCUGAGAAGCGUGAGAUAUAUGACACGUAUGGUGAGGAUGCUCUUAAGGAAGGAAUGGGUGGUGGAGGUGGUGGUGGCCAUGACCCAUUUGACAUCUUCUCGUCUUUCUUUGGUGGUGGAGGUGGUGGUAGUAGCCGAGGACGGAGGCAGAGACGUGGAGAAGAUGUGGUUCAUCCUCUCAAGGUCUCUUUGGAGGACCUUUACCUUGGGACAUCUAAGAAGCUUUCUCUCUCGAGAAAUGUCUUGUGCUCAAAAUGCAGUGGCAAAGGUUCUAAAUCUGGGGCUUCCAUGAAAUGUGCUGGUUGUCAAGGAACUGGUAUGAAGGUUUCUAUUAGACACCUUGGUCCAUCAAUGAUUCAGCAAAUGCAGCAUCCUUGCAAUGAAUGUAAGGGUACCGGUGAAACUAUCAAUGAUAAAGACCGCUGUCCGCAGUGCAAGGGAGAAAAGGUUGUGCAAGAGAAGAAAGUACUUGAAGUUCAUGUCGAGAAAGGAAUGCAGAACAGUCAGAAGAUUACAUUCCCUGGUGAAGCUGAUGAAGCACCAGACACAGUUACUGGGGAUAUCGUAUUUGUGCUUCAGCAGAAAGAACAUCCCAAGUUCAAAAGAAAGAGUGAAGACCUUUUUGUAGAGCACACACUGUCUCUUACCGAGGCUUUGUGUGGUUUCCAAUUUGUGCUUACUCACUUGGAUGGUCGCCAACUUCUUAUCAAAUCAAACCCCGGAGAAGUUGUCAAGCCUGAUUCAUACAAGGCUAUUAACGACGAGGGAAUGCCGAUGUACCAGAGGCCAUUUAUGAAGGGCAAGCUUUACAUUCACUUCACCGUGGAAUUCCCCGACACCCUAAGUCUUGAUCAGGUGAAAGGUUUGGAGGCUGUUCUUCCAGCUAAACCUUCAUCACAGUUGACAGACAUGGAGAUCGACGAGUGUGAGGAAACUACACUUCAUGAUGUCAAUAUGGAAGAGGAGAAUAGGAGGAAACAACAGCAACAACAACAGGAAGCAUAUGAUGAGGAUGAUGAUAUGCCUGGUGGGGCACAGAGAGUACAAUGCGCCCAGCAGUAGAAUCAGAAAAAAUGAUGGUGAUGAAAUGAUAAUGAUAAUGUUACUGUUUUUUAACCAUUGUGUGGACAGAACCUAUGUAGUUUGGUUCAAUGGUCUUGAGAGUGUGAACACUUUACUGCUUUCUAUAUUUAUUAUCGAUGGGAUAACUUCCAUUCUGACAUCCAAAAUACUUAUGUUUUGGUAUUUUUGAAACAUCUAUAUCUUGGCUUUUGAGAUAUUAUAGCUCA